AUGGCACUCAUGGAAUCUAUGAACAAUGAAGUCGAAGUUGCGAAAUCGAGGCAAAGCUCGCCGCGUCCCGUAAGAAGAGAGUCUCAGGAAGUAGAGGGACUGUCCAAUGUCAUGGACGAGAUGGAGCACGUCAAUGCGAGAAACCGGGCGAUAACAAUGAAGCAGCAGAAAGAGCAGGAAAUCCAGGACCGGUUGAAAAAGGGCGUGAAGCUGGCGACCGAGGCAGGAAUUCUUCCCGA